GCUUUGCGGCAUCCCGCGGUCAGUGUUAGAACGGUCGCCGCGCUAUACAGUUGUGCGACAUUAUCACCGAUUGCUGUCUGUUAAUUUGUAUUUUUUUGUUUUUAUGGCAACAGCCGUUGUUGUAACUUGUGUAUAAAUCGACGGAAGAUCAUUUUCACUGAUUAGCAAUCGGAACCGGUGCGCGUGGUGAAGUCUCAUGUGCAGGAAUUAUCUAACGAGUGCAGAGCAAAUUUUCAUUGACAAUUACGUUGUACAGCUAAAUUUACGUUUGUGCGUUACGCUGUGAGUGGAAAAGCGGAUCGAGCAUAAAAGGGACUGUGGGAAGGAAAGUUGUCCGUGCUUGAUGGUAGUUGUGAUCUUUCCGGUCUGUGACAGUUGUAAAGGAUGCAAGUUCCUGGAUCGUAGUGUGCCUUGGUGAACAGUUUUGGUUUGUUUGUUAUACUGUUUGCAUUUAAUGAAAAUCUUGAUACUCCAACACGAAGUGUUUUUCAGGUCACUUGAAACAAUCAUCAUCCCACCGACAAAUUCUAGAAUAUAAUUCCCUUGCUGUUGCAAGUUGACCAUUUAGAAUGCACUUAAAAGAGGUUUGCAACCGAAGGUGCAUCCUGACAUCCGGCGGGGUGAUCUUGGUUGCGUUUGGAGUAUUUUUCACCUUCUGCUUUCAAGCCGUCUUCUUAGAUAUACUGCACGAGGAACUCAAACUGCGGCCCACCUCCCGGGGGUACGAUGCCUGGGUUUCACCACCUUUCCCCCUCUCGAUGGAUGUGUACUUUUUCAACUGGACUAAUCCGGAGGACCUCAAAAAUCACAGCACUAAACCGAUCCUGAAGGAGCUGGGUCCCUAUCGGUUCACGGAGCGACCGGAGAAGGUGGACAUUGUGUGGCACGACCAUAAUGCAACGGUCAGCUAUCGGAAGAAGAGCGUGUACUAUUUCGACGAGGAGGGAAGUAAUGGUGCACUGGAUGAUGUGAUCAGUAGUAUUAAUGUAGUUGCACUCUCAGCAGCGAAUCGGGCCCGAACGUGGAACUACGUCAAACAGAAAGGUGUUUCGAUGGGACUGAACCUCUACGACCAGGACGUAUUUGUCGUGAAAACUGCCGGUGAGCUACUGUUCGAUGGCUACGAAGACAACAUGGUCCUGAUGGGAAAGCAAUUGUUCGACGCCAGCGAAGUGCCCUUCGAUCGGGUCGGUUGGUUCUACACGCGAAAUAAUUCAGCCGACUUGAUCGGACAUUAUAACGUUCACACCGGAGUGGAUGACAUAGCGAAAAUCGGCUCGAUGGCCCAGUGGAACUACAAACCAAGAACAAACUUCUUCGCCGAUCACUGUGGUAUGCUGAAUGGUUCGGCUGGUGAAUUUUAUCCACCCGAUUUGGCUAAGGACGUUCCGAUACAACUGUUUACACCCGACAUGUGUCGUAGCUUGCCACUGGACUUCGAACGAGAGGAAGUGGUCGCCGGUAUUCAGGGUUACAAGUAUGCUGGAGGCCCACGAACGGUAGACAAUGGUACCAAGUUUCCCGAGACCGCCUGCUUCAGUUCCGGAGAGAUUGUACCUUCCGGUGUGCUGAACAUCUCGUCCUGUCGGUUCGGAACUCCGGUGUUUAUGUCGUUUCCGCAUUUUUACGGAGCGGAUGAGUAUUAUCUGAACCAGGUGGAAGGUUUGAACCCGGACAAAAACAAACAUCAGUUUUACAUGACGUUGGAACCGACGACCGGAAUCCCACUGGAUGUUGCGGCUAGGUUGCAGUUGAACAUACUUAUGGAAUCCCACCCUAAUAUAGCUUUAUACGAGGAUGUUCAGCGAAUGUUCUUACCGGUGCUUUGGUUCGAGCAGCACGUCACAAUGAAACCGGAGUUUGUUGGUGAAAUUGCUCAAGCUCUCAGUAUACCGAAAACAGCUCGAAUCUGUGGCAUUGUCAUGCUCGUUCUAGGAGCAGUCAUGAUUGCUUGGUGUCCGGUGGAACGAAUGCUUCUUCUGAACCGACGCCGUAACACAGUGAAAGAUACCGUGGGUACCGAGAAAGCGCUGCUGCAGCAAAACCUUGCCAAGUCUGCGAUCCUUCUGCCGGAGAAGGAAAAGGAAGCUUCCGGCAAUGGUAAGCUGCACCAGGCGUCGAUCGUUGAAUCACAUCCGCUAAUCGAGACCAAGGCGCUUCGAUUGGUCACCGAAAAUGGCACUACAAAGACGUGAAACGGUCCGCGGCCGCAAAACAACGGACAAACUACCAAAAAGACUUUCUUCUCUCAGUUUUCCGAGACAGGAGAGAAAGAAGCGUUCCAGUUCUCUGAAUUUACUUUUAGGAGAUUAGCUGUUAAGUACCUGUUUGUAUUGAAGAAACACAAGUUGUUUUCUUGUGCUUUUGGCGGGUGUUUGGUCCGAGCCAAACAGCGAACAAUAAUCCCUAGGAAAAUAUGACCAUGUACAGGAAAUGGAAUGAUUCCUCAUCUUAGUGUUAAGUGCAUGUUACCAGUUAAUCAUAGUCAUGUAGAAGUUUAGGUUAAUAUUCUAAAAAAAAAAAAAAAAACCGAACCAAGUGCCAGUACGAUUACAGACGGACCAAAGUUGCCACUUUUUUAUGGGAAUUUUUACGAAACUUUCAGAGUCUUAUUACGGUACAGUUCCUGUGUUGCAGGUGAAUUUGAUGAAACACAAGCAAAAAAAAAAAAACAAUGAAUAGAAAACCGAAUACCGGUUGACCGGUUAUCGGUUGAUUGAAACAA